AUGUCGUCUCAGUAUACUGAAUCCAUCAUCAAAGACAAUAGUGUCAAUCUGAAAAGCCAUUUGAUGAAGGACAUUUGCGAACAAUUCAAUAUCACCAAAAGAAACUCUACCGCUUACUGUCCUCAGAUGAAUAGAGCUAUAGAGGCUGCCAACGAGAACAUCAAAAGAAUCUUGAGAAAAAUGAUCGAUAACUACAAGAAUUGGCACCAGAAGUUGCCUUAUGCUUUGUUGGGGUACAAAAUGACAAUCCGAACAUCCACCGGGGCAAUCCCAUACCUCCUUGUCUAUGGUAUAGAAGCGGUCAUACCCGCAGAAAUGGAGAUCUUUUCACUCAGGAUCAUCCAAGAGGCAGAGCUAAAUGAUGCAGAAUGGGUCAUAAACCGCUACGAGCAACUGGCCAUGAUAGAUGAAAAGAGAAUGGUGGCAGUAUGCUAUGGACAGCUGUUUGUUAACAAGAUAGCAGGCACGUCAUCAACCGGCUUACUCACAGCAAAGGCGAAAAGCGAACUCAGCCAGGCGGUAAAAUACCAGGAGGUCAUAACAGAGAAUGGGUGA